AUGAAGGUACCGGUGGGUAGCGUUUUUGUGAUUGUCUGCUUAAUCGGUUGCUGUUGCAUUAUGGGUACGACGGAGGGGAAGGCCCGUGGACUAAAAGAGACAACCCCUGAACAGAAAUCAUUCCUUCAACGUCUAUGGGACGCAAUUUGGGGCCGUGAUCAUGUAUAUGAUGACGUAAAAAAGAAAGCGUAUGACGACGGACUCGCGACAGAAUCAGAAUCUCAAAACAGAGCGGAUGGAGAGCUGGAUCAUGACUAUCAAGGCACAAUAUGGGACAUCGACACGUACGCAGACGAGAAUCUCACAGCAGUCGAGGAACUCGAGCUACAUAUGUUAAAGCUUCUUGGUGUGAAAGAGAUCCCAAAGCCAAAGCCUCGGUCCAAAAUUCCAAUCUACAUGGAUAUAAUGUACAUGAAAGAGAGAAAAAGUCGAUUGGAAGCCGAAAACCCACUAGAGGGGGUCAACGUUUAUGCUCACACAGCUCUAAAAGACUCCAAUGUUGAGAGAGGGAUUCUCCACUUCAAUCUUUCCGAUGACAUCGAUCCUGACACGAUUCUUUCGGCGGAGCUGGCGUUGUAUCGGUAUUAUUCUAAUCGUUGUCCCGAAACGAUUCGUAAGAUGUACGCUAAAAUCCCGAAGAUCGACAUUUGUACUACAAGUGAAAAAUGCAUUACCAUCAAAACUCCGAACAUGAGGGAAAAAUGGUUUGAUACGUUUGACCUGUCCGACAUCAUAAAACAAUUCGCUGUAAAUGGCGUUCGUGAUCUAUCUAUUCGAGUACGGAUUGAAGGUAUUCCUGAGGAAGAUUUUGACAGGCCAGCGUAUGUAUACCCGAACUAUGCGCCAAAAUGUAUCUACCGAAUGAGUCCGGAACAUACCGAAGGACAGCAGCCACUGUUAAUGAUUUAUCAUGAAGACCCGAACUUCGUUGAACGACAAAAGUCCAAACCCCGUACAGAUGAACACCGUAAAAGAGAAAAGCGAUCGAAUAAGGACAAGACAUUAGCUGAUAUGAAUCCGGAAUGGAAAAAUUCUCUUAUUUCGUUCGCUGAUGAAUGCAAGAUGCAUUCUUGGAAGUUCGACUUCUCAACCUUGAAAUGGAAUUGGUGGAUCUACCCCAAGUACAGCGCUGUCAACUUCUGUAAGGGAUGGUGCCAUCGAUAUCCUCCGACACGUACCACGCAUCAUAUCAGCUCAGAUCACGCCCAUCUAGUCAACAUGUAUCACACCCAACCGGACAUAGUUGCGCAACUUCCCCAGGGCCCGGAGCAUGCUACGUGUGUGCCUGAAACUUACACGCCUAUGGCAGUUGUGUAUAUAACCGAAGAAAAUAACUAUCGGCAAGUGCAUCUCUCUAAACUAGUCGUUGAAUCCUGUGGAUGUCGUUAACAUUAAUCGGUGGAUGUGAAUCGGUUAUUCAAAGACGUUCAUGGUAUCACGUAUCACCACUAUCACCAAGUUGAUUUUAAUCAAGAUCAUUAUUUCUGUAUGUUUCAAUGAAUGACAUAAUAGCAUUGGCUAAAGCAACAAUAUUAAUGACGAAGGAGUAAUGUCCCAACAAUACAUAUUCCUAAACGUAUCCACAUAUCCAACUAUAUGACCUCUCAAUGAAAUCUCAUUAUAA